GCAGAGCUGAAGCACGGAAGGGUUGCCAUGAUGGCCUCUCUGGGCUGCGUUGUUCAGCACUGGGCGAAGUUCCCCGGCUUCGAGAGCGCACCCGCUGGACUGGGCGCCCUCUCCAACCCAGCUGCUCUUGGUGGGAUGGGCGCUCUCUUCCUUGGUUGCGGCGUGCUUGAGCUGGGAUUCUGGUCCGACGAGGCGGCCAAGGAGCCUGGCAAUUUCGGCGACCCGGCCAACUUCUCGGCAGAGUACGGGGCUUACUCCAAGGAGUUCAGGGACAAGGAGAUCAACAACGGCCGCAUGGCCAUGAUGGCGAUCAUCGGGCAGCUCUCCGCUGAGGCCGUGACCGGGAUGGACGCUGCUCAGCAGGCCGGACUGGCCGCCGUUGCCCGGCCACGCCAGAUUCAGAGCUCCAGCGCCUUUGUGGGUGCAGCAUCCAUUGCUCCCAAGCGCCUCACUGCCCGACGCGCCUUUGAUGCCUCGCAGGAGGCUGGCGUGACGGCCCCGCUGGGCUACUUCGACCCGGCGGGAUUCGUGCAGGAUGAGGAGAGCUUUUUGAACCUUCGACGUGCUGAGAUCAAACAUGGGAGGGUUGCGAUGAUGGCGGCUUUGGGUUUGUUGGUCCAAAGCUUGAUCAAGCUGCCCGGCUUCGACAGCGUCCCGGCUGGUCUGGGUGCCCAGUGGACGGCCCCGGGCGAUGCGGGGCUUUGGACGGUGGUGGUCCUGUGCGGCUUCUUUGAGACGGGCUUGAACCAGUGGCGCGAGGACCCCAAGCAGCCAGGCAACUUUGGUGACCCCAUGAACCUUGGCAACUACACCAUGGAAAUGCGCAACAAGGAGCUGAACAACGGGCGCAUUGCAAUGUUUGCCGUGAUGGGAAUCAUCAGUGCAGAGAUCUACACAGGCAACGUUGCAGUGGCGCAGUUCUGAGUGAUUUUUUCUAGUCUUCUAGCGUACUUGUAAAUGUACAGCCUGCGAAUCGAGCGGAUACGACGGCUUGUCAGUAGUUAC